GCCGGCGCGCUCCGACGUGCCCUGGAACUUACCCUCCCUCAGAGACCAGCCUGCGGGGACGCCCGGUUGUGGUUGCCGCCGAGUGAGCGCUCUUCAGGUGGUCCCUCAGCCGCUCGGCCACAGCGCCGGAUGAGGAGGGAGCUGCCCGUCGCGAGGUCUCCGACCCUUGAAUGUGGGCUGUAGGAAGUCAUGCCUUCCUAGUAGCUGCUCUUCGUGUCACAGCAUUAACAAGGCUGAGAACCACUGUUCUAGAUGCUUUCCCAUUCUGCUCUCUCCUGGUUUCCCCAGGCCUGGAGAGACUGCUAUUCUCUCGGCUUCAUGUUUAAUGAGACACCAGGUGUUUACAGCCUUCCAAGUGUUAUGUUAAUUCAUCGAGGCACAUGACAUAAUGUGACAUGCUAUCAGUUUUGAGAGUAUUACUGAGUAGACAUGGCUGAGAGAAGUGGGAAGAUUGCUGCAGGACAAGCGUAUAUUGAGGUGGAGUAUGAUUAUGAGUAUGAAGCAAAGGACAGGAAGAUUGUGAUCAGACAAGGGGAGCGCUACCUCCUGGUGAAGAAGACCAAUGAUGACUGGUGGCAAGUCAGACCUGAUGAGAACUCGAAAGCAUUUUAUGUGCCAGCACAGUAUGUCAAGGAGGUCACUCGUAAAGCGCUGAUGCCGCCUGUGAAGCAGGCAGCGGGACUGCCAAAUAGCUCUGUGAAGACAAUUCAGAGUUUGCAUCUCCAGAGAUCAACAGAAAAUGUCAACAAAAUGCCCGAGCUUUCAAGUUUUGGAAAGCCAUCAUCUGUUCAAGGAACAGGUCUUAUUCGUGAUGCCAAUCAGAAUUUCGGAUCCAAUUAUAAUUCAGGCCAGACUCUCAACCUAAGCCUGGACCUGACCCAUAAUAACGGAAAGUUUAACAGUGACUCACAUUCUCCUAAAGUUUCCAGCCAGAAUAGGACACGCUUAUUUGGUCAUUUUCCCGGGCCAGAGUUCUUGGAUGUAGAGAAGACUAGCUUCUCUCAGGAACAGUCAUGUGACUCAGCUGGCGAAGGCUCGGAAAGAACGCACCAGGAUUCUGAAUCUGGAGAUGAACUUAGCAGCAGCUCCACUGAGCAGAUGCGGGCAACCACACCCCCUAAUCAAGGAAGGUCAGAUUCUCCAGUCUAUGCUAACCUACAGGAACUGAAAAUAUCACAGUCUGCUCUUCCUCCUCUCCCUGGGAGCCCAGCAAUUCAAGUUAAUGGGGAAUGGGAGACUCAUAAAGACAGUUCAGGCCGUUGUUACUACUAUAACCGCACGACCCAGGAGCGAACCUGGAAACCACCUCGAUGGGCUCGAGAUGUGAACACAAGCCGAGAUUUUCAGAGCACAGGAGAACAAGAGCCUCUUUCAUCAGAAGAAAACUACCACAGCAGUUGUUUCAGCCAGUCAGAUAGUCAGUGUGAUUCUCCUCCCAGGGGUUGGUCAGAAGAGCUGGAUGAACGUGGGCAUACCUUAUAUACCAGUGACUAUACUAAGGAAAAGUGGCUCAAGCAUGUUGAUGAUCAAGGUAGACAGUAUUACUAUAGCGCAGACGGAUCUCGGUCAGAAUGGGAAUUGCCAAAGUAUAAUGCUUCAUCUCAGCAGCAAAGAGAAAUCAUUAAAAGUAGGAGCUUGGACAGGCGGCUGCAAGAACCAAUAGUGUUAACUAAAUGGAGACAUAGCACCAUUGUGUUGGACUCCAACGACAAGGAUUCUCCAACUACCACAAAACUCUGCUUACCUGAAAAUGAAUCUCCUCCUACUUCAUCAAAGCAUCAAGAUCCAGGUCAGGAGAAAUAUGGAUUGCUAAAUGUAACAAAAAUUACUGAAAAUGGGAAAAAGGUUCGGAAGAAUUGGUUGUCUUCUUGGGCAGUGCUACAGGGUUCAUCUUUACUUUUUACGAAAACUCAAGGGAGUAGUACAAGCUGGUUUGGGAGUAAUCAGUCCAAACCAGAAUUCACAGUGGACCUGAAGGGGGCAGUGAUUGAAAUGGCAUCAAAGGACAAAUCGAGCAAGAAGAACGUAUUUGAGCUGAAAACCCGCCAAGGAACAGAGCUGCUAAUUCAGUCUGAUAAUGAUGCUGUUAUUAAUGAUUGGUUUAAAGUUAUUAGUAGUACUAUCAAUAACCAGGUGGCCGAGGCUGAUGAAGCAGCUGAAGAGGAGACACCAGAUUCACCAGGGGUAGAGAAGCAGGAUAAAGAAAAGGACCAGAAGGAGCUGAAAAAACUUCGCUCAAUGAAAGGAUCCAGCAUGGAUUCUUCAGAGCAGAAGAAAACUAAGAAAAACUUAAAGAAAUUUCUUACCCGGCGCCCCACUUUGCAAGCUGUUCGUGAGAAAGGUUAUAUCAAAGAUCAGGUAUUUGGAUCUAAUCUUGCUAAUCUGUGUCAGAGGGAAAAUGGAACAGUGCCAAAGUUUGUGAAAUUAUGCAUUGAACACGUCGAAGAGCAUGGUUUGGAUGUUGAUGGUAUCUACAGAGUGAGCGGCAACCUUGCAGUGAUCCAGAAGCUGAGGUUUGCCGUCAAUCACGAUGAGAAGUUGGACUUGAAUGACAGUAAAUGGGAAGACAUUCAUGUCAUCACGGGAGCACUCAAAAUGUUUUUUCGAGAAUUACCAGAACCUCUUUUUACAUUUAAUCAUUUCAAUGAUUUUGUUAAUGCAAUUAAACAAGAACCUAGACAGCGUGUCACUGCGGUUAAGGAUCUAAUCAGACAGUUGCCAAAGCCAAAUCAAGAUACAAUGCAGAUUCUGUUUAGACACCUCAAAAGGGUUAUAGAAAAUGGAGAAAAAAACCGAAUGACCUAUCAGAGCAUAGCGAUUGUUUUUGGCCCCACCCUUCUAAAGCCAGAAAGAGAGACUGGUAAUAUAGCGGUCCAUACUGUGUACCAGAACCAGAUUGUGGAGCUGAUUCUCCUGGAAUUAAGCACUGUCUUUGGACGUUGACUCUCUGGAACAACAGCCUGUGGAAUAGAUGUUGGAUUCCGAGAUUUCAAGUCUUAUAUGUGGUGUGUUUCGUUUCGGACCAAGCAGUGACUCUGAUCUUGCACUUUCUUGAGUGUCAGAGAGGAAGAGGAGAGUGGAGGCACCAGCUGGGCCUCGCUGGCUGCUUCACUGCAAGCUGUGACUGUGAACGUGGAUUCAUGUUAUCCUGGAUGCUUGCAUUCCGUUCUCUGAAUACCAGUAAACAUCAAAACUCAAAAUUCUAACCAGUCAUGCACACUGGAUAAUUUGGUUAGGACAGCCAUGUGGGUCCCUUGUGGUACUGUCCUUACUGUCUCCAAACUGGAUAAUGUAGAUUCCUUCUCAUGGUUCGUAAGCUCUUUACUUGGUACAAUGAUACUGUCAGUUACUUUAAAAAUGCUCUUGGGCAUUUAAGACAAAUGAAGUUGAUCUAUUUGAAACCUGUGUAUUGCUUUUUUCAGGGUGUUUGCAUGAGUGGCAGUCUUAAGCUCUGAAGCUCAUAACCCAGAUAGAAUCCCUGGGUGAAGGUUUGCUGUCUAAUUUACUGUCUCACAGCAUUCUUGCUAAAUACCUUAGUUGUCUGUUGGAGCAGCACACUGACAGGACUUAAAACACUGUGAUAUACUGGAGUUCUGGUUAGUCUAAGUCAAAUCAGGGUAUUUGGUACCUGUCUUGCUGUACUGAAUUAUAGCUAACAAUCCUUAUUAUAUUUAGUGCCAUAUUGAGUUUUUGGUAUGACCCUGUGGAAACAGACAUUGUUUGAUGUAAGUAUGGGCUAAGGACCUAAUAUAAUUUACCUUAUGUAUAUAACUGUGUUGUAUAGGCUCAGAGUACAUCUAACUCAAUGUUUCUAAUCAAGACAUUGGUAACUGUUUCCAUGAAUUGCUUCCUGCAGACAGAGGCCAUUAUUUGGGAAAGUUAAACUGUGCACUUUUAGGUUUUAAUUACGUUUAUAGGCAGACCACUGCAAUGAAAAUGGUACUGGGAGAUAUUGACUUACUAAAUAGUGAACACACUACAGGAACAGCUCCUUAGGUUAUUUAAUAUGUACAGAAGACAUUAGGAAAAUCAUUUCAGAAUUCUAGCCCAGCUUCAAUAGUGGAAACAUGUAAAUUGGAUGUUGGAUAGAAAAUGACACUGCAGAUUUGAGUAUUUUCUUUUUACAUUACUAAUGUAGAUUGAUUUGUACAAUAAAACAGGGUUUGGAAGGUUUUGUUACAAGGAGGCAUGGUCUGUUGAAGAUUUUUAAAUGUAUUUUUCUAGAUUAACUGCUGUAUAUGAAAUGUCUAAUCUAAUAAAGGAAGCUACAAUAUGCUUAGAGUUUUUUUUCCAUUGGAAAUGUGCAUUUUGGUUCUUAAUUUUGUUGUUGUUUUGUUUUUAUUUACUGACAUACUUUUAUACCUCAUUUUAGAAAAUCAACCAAAUCCAUAUUUCCUGUGGCAGAUCUGCUUUUCUCACUUCGUGUGUUUUCUGUUCUUCCUGUACCAACAUUUCCCUAACACCACGCACUUCCUCAUCAUCAGUGUUUGAAAGGAAAUGAUUUCUGAUCAUGAUUCUUUUUCCUAGGAUUGCAUUUAUAAUUUCCAGAUUGCCUUCUUGGGGAAUAAUCUGUGUGUGUGUGAAUGAUCUGUCCAAAACCUUUCUAAGUCUUGUGGCUAAGAUAUUGUGUGUAUUGUUGUAAUCUUCUUAAAUAGGUAACAGAUUGAGCUGCUUGAGAGCUCAUGCAGAUUCCUUUGAGUGGGGAGAAAUUCUAAACCAGAAUGUAUAGAUCUGAAGAUGCCAUUAAUAACACAGUGUGCUUUAGGGCUCUUGUGUCUUGACUGUGUACCAGGAAAUCAAUUAGACUCAAACCUAUGAUCUGUGGUGUUCUUUCUCUUGGUGAUCAUGAACAUGUCAAAGGUUUAAAAUUGUCCUGUGUUUUUUGUUUCAAAGUACAUGUGUGUAUGCAAAGUCUUUAAUGUUGUAUUGGUCUACUACUAAUAAUUGUAUUGUAAUAGUGUAUGUACAAUGAGAUAAGUGUCUUGUGCUUUCAUCCUUUGUGAAUUAAAAAUUAACGAUUGUUUUUGUAAUAACAAAACCAGUAAUAUUUUCCUUUCUUGACAACUUGAUUUUUUUUAGCAGAAAAUAUAUUAAAAGCUAAAAAUAAA